UCUGGCUCAAAGUUCAGGUCACGCAGACAGUUGCAGCGUUGCCUCUGUGAGUGUGUUUGUGUUUGCCCCCUCAGUCUAACUUGUGUUCUCACUGAGCUGUCUGAGCUUCAGGAUGACCCGCUUGGCCCUUCUUGCACCCCUGCUGCUCCUGGGUCUGUUCAUCCACAGUGCUGUCGGUCAGGAGGCCGACGACUCAGAAGCACCACCACCACCACCGAGCCAGGCCUCUGAUGGCGCGCAGGCGGAGGACGAGGAGUGGGCAAUGAACUCUCUCAGAGGCGGCUUUGAGACCGUUGGCGGCUACUUUGACUCGGUGCUGGAGUUCAUGGGCGGACGUGAUGGGGUGUGCCAAUACCGCUGCAGAUAUGCAGGCAAAGAUCCUGUUCCCCGUUCCGGAUAUGAGAUGCCAGAACCUAACGGCUGUAGCUCCUACUUCUUUGGACUUCCUGUGCCAGAGGGGAUGGACAUGGGCAUCCCCGCCAUGACCAAGUGUUGCAAUCAGCUGGACAUGUGUUACGACACCUGCGGCUCCAACAAGUACCGCUGCGACUCCAAGUUCCGCUGGUGCCUCCACAGCAUCUGCUCCGACCUCAAGAAGAGCCUUGGCUUCGUGUCAAAGGUUGAAGCGUGCGAGACGGUCGCAGACACCUUGUUCAACACAGUGUGGACUCUGGGCUGCAGACCCUACAUGAACAGCCAGAGGGCAGCGUGCUACUGUCAAGGAGAAGAGAAAGAUGAACUUUAAAUGACAUUAAAAGCAUCAACCCACCGUUCCUAUUUAUGGGAGCGGCACCAAAAUGCACUGCAAAAUGUCUGCUGAUGGUGCUCGGAGUUAUAGUGGUUCAAAGGUCGCGGUGUGACUACUUGAGUAAAUUAUUUGGAAGGUCUUGUUUUGGUUUUGUUUAAGGCCGGACGUUUUGCUUUGCAACAAAAAUGUGGGUGUUGUUUUUUUUAAAAGCUCAAUAGCACACAUGAGUUGCAAAGCCAAAUCUGGCUUGAUAGGUUUUUUUUGCUGUGUGUGCUGGCUGACGUGCUGCUAUGAGCACCUGUACAGCUGGUGAUGAACUCCACUUUACAAUGUAAAGCUAAGCCUACUGUGCAGCAUUUUGAGUGUCACCAUGUCAUACUAAGGAUAAUCCACAGUGUGAAUAAAUGUUGUUGACACAUA